UCCGGGUGUUGUUUCAAUGUGGCAAUAUUCGCGGUCUUGUUUGUCACUAGCCACACUGAUUACCAUAUUCGGGGCAUAUCGCGGGUGUGUGACGAAUCCGGUAACACAGUGUGGCGAGUGUGUUUUUAGAAUUUCCCAGGCGCAGAGCGAAGAGCAUACAAAAAAAAAUUUCACGGCUCAGAGCGAUGAGGACAUAAUUCAAAGCACACAGGAAUAGAGAGCUGAGAAUAACAAUGGCCGGCUCACAGUUGAAGCAGUUGAAGGCUGCAUUGAAGGAGUCUGGGCUCACGGGCCAGACGAAUGUCAAGAAGAAAAAAGGUACGAAAAAGGCUCCGUCAGAUACCCGUAGGGAUGAUAAGCAGGAGGUGAUCUCGAAGAUUAGAGAACAGUUCAACCCGUUCGAAAUCAAGGUGAAUAGAAAGAAGAAGGAGUACGACACUUCGAAGAUGAGAGGUGGGCAAGGUAAACCUGGUAUCUCGAAGCAGAUUGGUGAAGAGCAGAGAAUGGCUGCGUACCAGUCAAAGAAGGCCUCGAAGAACAAGUCCGGUAUGCUCAGAGAUAGACGUUUUGGUGAGUCUGAUUCCUCGUUGACACCAGAGCAGAAGAUGCUCGAGCGUUUCACAAGGGAGAAGCAAAUGCAGUCUAAGACGUCAUUGUUCAGCUUGGACGAUGAAGCUGACGGGUUCGAUGAUUAUGAUUCGAAUGGUUUGACCCAUUAUGGUAAAUCAUUGGCGUUGAACGACGAUUUCGAAGCCGAUGACGACCUGCAAGGUUCUGAUGAAGACGACUUCCUCAAACCGAAGAAACGUUCAUUGGAUGAUAUUUCUACCGAGGAGGUUGAUCAGCAACUCCCACAGAGGAAGAAGACUAAGGCUGAGGUUAUGAAAGAGGUCAUUGCCAAGUCUAAGUUCUACAAACAACAACGUCAAAUCGUCCAAGAAAAGGCACAGGAGAAGAUCAUGGACUUGGAUGAGGAAUUUGAAGAUGUUAUGAGUGACUUGAGACAAAUCCCAAAGCAAAAACCUGUUAAAGAGGUCUACACAGGCGACGAACCAAAGAGUUAUGAAAUGACAGUCAAAGAAUUGGCGAUGGAUAGACGUGCGGUUCCAUCCGAUAGAACCAAGACAGACGAAGAGAUCAAGAGGGAAAGGGCUGAAAGAAUGAGGGAGCUGGAGAACGCAAGACUGAGACGUAUGGAGGCAAUGGACGAGGCUGAGAAAGGACCAGAUGACUUAGAUGACGACUUUUGGGCACAGGGAAGUGACGAUGAAGGUGAAGGAUUUGUCGUUAGUGGAUCUGAAGAUGAAGCACAGAAAGAUAUCGAAUCCGAGGAUGAUGGCGAUGAUACAGAGCCACAACCAACUGCCUCCUCAUCAUGCCCUGAAUCCCACGAAGAAUGGCUCGAUAUAUUGGAGGACAUUCCAUUUGAAGAUACUGUACAGCAGGCAAAAAAGAUCAUAAAGACAUUUGCACCACAUCUUAUGCAAGGUAAUAAAGAGAAGAUCGCUCUUUUUACAGUGAUUCUAUUCCAGCACGUUCUCUACCUGUCAGAGUCCAAUUUGACCGAAGCUGAAAACUUUUCUCAAGUCCAGGAACAACUCAUCGCCUUGGUUAAGACGCUUUCGGAGAAAUACAACAAAGAGCUCACAGAAGCCUUGCGUGAUAAGAUUGAAGAGAUUCAUGAGCGUAUUUUGGAAUCACUGAGCGGUGAAGAUGUCUUCCCAAUGAUUUCAGAUUUGUCCUUCUUCACAGUUGUUGGUCUCAUAUACUCAACUUCAGAUCAUUACCACUUGGUCGUCACUCCAACGUCAAUAGUCAUGGGUGAAGCAUUGGAACAGCUGAAGUAUAAAUCACUCAACUUACUUGUUGGUGGAGCCUUUAUAGCUCACGUGUUCUUGCUAUACCAAAGAUAUUCAAAGAGAUACAUCCCAGAAGUUGUAUUCUUCCUUCAAAAGGCACUAUUGUCAAUUGCACCAAUCGAAAUCACCGACAGUAGUAUCACUGCAACACCAGACUCAAGAUUCCCAUUGCCAUCACAAUUAUCUCAAGAUGCUAAAGAACUUCGCAUUUCUGACGUCGAUCGUGAGUUGGGAGAUGUCCAUAAGGUUUCCCUGUUUAGCCAUCUCUUGUCAACGCUUGAGCUUGCAUUGGACACAUGGAAAGAUAAAACUGCAUUGUUGGAGAUUUCACAACCUUUCGUUGCUAUAUUGUCAAAGUUCCAGGAAUCUUACCCUGAUUUCAAACCUUUGACUACACUGGCAAACAAGUUCAACAGAAUCGUCAAGUUCUCAGUGGACGAGCGUAAACCAUUGACCUUACAAGAGCAUAAGAAGCUUGCCAUUGCCACAUAUGCACCAAAGUUUGAAGAGAACUUCAACCCAGAAAAGAAAUCAUAUGACGAAAACAGACAAAGACAGGAGACAAACAAGAUGCGUGCACAGGUGAAACAAGAGCGUAAGAUUGCCCUUCGUGAGCUGCGUAAGGAUACAAGAUUCGAGGCCAGACAACAGAUCAAGGAGAAGAAGGAAUCUUAUGCUGCAUACCACACCAAGAUGGCUAGAAUCAUGAACCAGAUCAAUACCGUGGAAGGUGCAGAGAAGAAUGAAUACGAAAGAGAGAAGAAACUGCGUAAGGGCAAGAAGUGAUCGCACGCAUAUGUUGUAUAACAAAAGCAUCC